AUGGUCUCCUCUAGCUCUUUCGGAGUUUGUAUUCUUCUUCCUACUCCUUUCAGUGGUUCCAGUUUGGAGGAUUUGGCUUUGUCCAGUUUUCAUAGUGCAUUUGUACUUCUUGUCUAUGCUAUUAAUCAUGUGAGUAGUGUUGUUAUUAAAGUCAUUGUAUCUUUUGCUGAUGUAUUUGUUGAUUGUACUUUG